GAGCAAUCGAAAUAUAGUAAACAUUUCAUUUGUGAAUUUAGUUGCAGUGGGCCAAAAAAUGACCAACGCAAGCGAGACGGUGCCAAAAGACACAAUAAGUGACACUUUAGCAAAUAGCAGCGUUAUCUUUCGCCGAAAUCGAGCACUUGGUUAUGUUAGCAACAGCGUUCCAGCCGCCAUCAGAUAUGUCCGCCGACGUAAAGAUACUUUGAUUACCACCUGCAUUGGACGUUCCUUUCAAGUGUACACCUCCAGCCACUUUCGCUUGUUGCAUGUGGGACCUGUUCAUCCCGAUGAAAUAACAGCACUAGCUAUGGACCGCGCGCAUACAUUCACUGCCAGCAAUCGUUGCAUUUACGCAUGGCGCGCUGGUAAACAUCAGCGACACGUGUAUCGGGGUCAUACACGUAACGUACAUUUACUACUACCCUUCGGCGCUCACUUGAUAUCUGUGGAUGAGGCAAAUGUGUUGCGUGUUUGGGACAUAGCCAAAGAGGAGGUCUAUUUAGAACUGCAGUUUAAUCCCGAAGAAUUUUUAAUCUCUGCAAUAACUCAUCCUCCUGCUUACCUAAACAAAAUUGUAUUGGGCUCAAAGCAAGGUAUGCUUAAAAUAUGGAAUAUUAAAGAGAAUCGUUUGGUGUACACUUUUGCUGGCUUUGGUAGCAAAGUGACUUGUAUUCAGCCGUCACCGGCGCUAGAUGUAGUGGCCGUAGGUCACCAGGAUGGUACCAUUGUGUUGCUUAAUCUUAAAUUUGACGAAGUGCUUAUGAAAUUUAAGCAAGAUUGGGGACAGGUGUCGCAAAUUUCCUUCAGAACUGACGGGCCGCCGAUAAUGAUAACCGCAUGCUCCAACGGUCAUAUGGCCCUUUGGAAUCUUGAGGAUCGUAAGAUUGCAGGUCAAUUGCAGGCACAUGAAGAUUUAGUUAGCACCGCAAUAUGCUUCCAUAACGAACCUUUACUUUUUACCACUUCACCGGAUAAUUCAAUGAAAUUGUGGAUAUUCGACAUGCCCGACAAUGGAGCAAGAUUGCUACGAAUUAGGGAAGGUCAUACUGGGCCGCCAUUGUGUAUCCGUUUUCAUGGUAGUAAUGGCACUUCGAUACUCUCUGCCGGAGAAGACAGUGCUCUACGUGUAUUCAGCACCAUAUCUGAGUCAUUAAAUAAGAGUAUGGGCAAGGCGAGUUAUAAUAGAAAGCAAUCUAAAAAGCGAAACCGAUUCGAUGGAGACGCUUUACGUAUGCCUCCAAUUAUUGAGUUUACAAGCGAGACGACAAGAGAGCGUGAAUGGGAUAACAUUGCAGCUAUUCACGAGGGUAUUAUACAAACUACCACCUGGUCAUUCCACAAAAAUCGUAUGGGAGAACAUCGCUUGAUACCCCGAAAAUUCCAAAACAAGGAAAGAGUUGACUACGAAACUAUUACAACGUCCGUAACCUUAACACACUGUUGCAACUUUGCGAUCAUUGGAUACUCUAGCGGAGAUGUGGAACGUUUUAACAUUCAGAGUGGGCUCCAUCGUGCUAGUUAUGGCUCGCCAGCACAUAAAACAGCGGUUCGUGGUGUAGUGUCUGAUAUAUUAAAUCAGUUUGUUAUCUCUGGAUGUGGUGAAGGUCUACUAAAAUUCUGGCCAUUCAAAGAAAAAGUAACCAACCAUAUCAAGUGCCUUAAAUUUACAGACGGAAUUUCUCUGAUGCGUAUACACCGUGAAAGCGCAAUGCUCGCUGUUGCAUUAGUGAACUUCACUGUACACAUCAUAGAUGUGGAUACACGCGUGGUGGUGCGUAAAUUCGAAGGACAUAUCGCCAAACUGAACGAUAUGGUAUUCAGUCCAGAUAGUCGCUGGCUUAUUACCGCAAGCAUGGAUUCCACCAUUAAAGUGUGGGAUAUACCAUCCUCAUACAUGAUAGAUCACUUCAAAGUAGAUAGGCCGUGUAUAUCGCUUAGCAUGUCCCCGAACGGUGAUUUUCUGGCAACUGCACACGUAAAUCAUUUGGGAAUAUAUUUAUGGGCUAAUAAGAUGCUCUUCAACCAGAUCACAUUGCGUUCCAAAAAUCCUUAUAGUGUAGCUCCAUACGUUGGUUUGCCAAUCAGCGCCAGUGAUGAGAUGGAUGUAGCAGAUCUUAUGGAAAAUGCUAAACUAAACGAAGCUGACGACGAUAUGAGUGACAGCGAAGUAGGCCCCGAUAUUAAUGCAACUUAUGAUUCACCUUCACAACUUGAUGGUGAUUUAAUCACUCUUUCCGGAGUUGCCGCGUCACGUUGGCAAAAUCUUCUGGACUUGGAAAUUAUAAAGAAACGUAAUAAGCCAAAAGCUCCACCGAAAACACCAAAACAAGCGCCAUUUUUCCUGCCUACAGUAGCAGGCUUAGAGGUGAAAUUCGAUACUAGCCAAGCAGCUGAAGCUAUGGAAGAGACUGAUGGUUCUCGCUUGCUGCAACCAGGUGCUGGCGGGCUCAGCACACUAACAUACUUCGGCAAAAUGCUUCACGGUGCAGGGGAUAGUAAAAAUUAUAGCAAUUGUAUUGAUCAUCUUAAACAACUUGGGCCAUCCAUGAUUGAUUUCGAAAUCAAAUCAUUGCAUCCAACUAGCGGUGGUUCCUAUCGUAUUAUGGUCGCAUUUUUAAGUACUAUUGAACAAAUGUUUGGAACACGCAUUAACUUUGAGUUGGCACAAGCGUAUCUGAGUGUUUUUCUACGUGUUUAUGGCAUCGAUUUAUUGGACUCCGUUGAAGUUAUUCAAGCCUUGGAACGGGUUUCUAAAGCACAAGAGAAUAGUUGGAAGGUAGUGGAAGAUAAGCUGCUAUUUGGUUUGGGCGUGGUGACUGCAUUAAGAAACUUCGUGUAGACAUUAUACGUACAUACAUAUAUUUAGGAAAAUGUAUUGAUGUACAAUACAUAUAUUGCAGAGUUAAAUUGUACGAAAAAAAUGUAGCGGACUUUAUAUUCAGUUGUUUUAAAAUAUUAAAUAUACAGGUAGGUUCUGCAAUUCACUCCCGAGUGAAUUUCAUAAAAUGCGCUUUGAGUUCAAAUUGGCUGGGGUCGAAAAUCACUCGGAAGUGAAUUGCAGAAACUGUUUGAUAAACUUUUUAAAAUA